UGGGCGGGGCUAAUGUCGCGUCACUCAGCGGCAUUACGGCAGCACGUGCUGCGGUCAUGGUCGCGCAGAGGAGCGGCGUUGAGGAGGAGAGGCGCCGCUGCUGCAUCCUGACGCCGAGAAAGAGAGGGAAUUAGAGAGAGAGAGAGAGAGAGAGUGGGUGAGUGAGUCAGUCGGAGAGAGAGAGAGAGGAGAGAGAGAAAGGCAGGCUGGAGGCGAGAACCGGCUCUGCAACCCUUGCGCGCGUGAAUAAUGCACACGGCGGUGAAGACGAGCUAAAUGCUGCAUUUUGCCGGUUUGUAGCCUGUCGCUCCGGCGCCCUGACAAGGAGAACAUGUCACACUACCGCUUCAUCAAAUGCUGUUGUUUCCAGCUAUGUAACGCCUUCAGGCAGAACAUGGAGAUAGACCAGUGCCUGCUGGAGUCAUUACCUCUGGGGCAGAGGCAGAGGCUGGUGCGCCGGAUGCGCUGUGAUCAGCUGCGUGCGUACUACGAGCGUGAACGGACCCUGCAGAAACAAAGCACACACAAACCUCUCAGCAGCCAGCGCAAGAAACACUCCAUCACCUUCUCCCUGUCCGAUAUCCUCCAGGACGCCAUCAUACGCCACGAUGAUAAAGAGGUGCUGAAGCUACUGAAGGAGGGAGCUGACCUAAACACAGUUCUCUCAUCAGGAGGUUCGCUGCUCCAUCUGUGUGCUCGCCAUGACAAUGUGUUUGCGGCAGAGAUUCUGAUAGAACGAGGCCUGAAUGUCAAUCUGCAGGAUGAAGACCUCUGGACUGCGCUGCAUGUGGCCUGUGCCUGCGACCACACUGAUAUGAUGCUGCUGCUGCUUUUGUCCGGGGUCAAUGCGCUUCUGCAGGACGUAAAUGGGAACGUACCACUCGACUACACCACAGAGGGGAGCGAGACCAGCUACAUUCUCACCAAGCAUCUGGAAGAGUGUGGAGUGGAUGUGAGUUCUAUACACCAGAUGAAGACUCAGAGAGCCUCUGUCAUGCUGUCAGACGUGAGACAGCUGGUCAGCAGUGGAGCCAAUGUCAACCAGAGAAACGAGGACGGAGUCACACUGCUACACAUAGCUUGUGCUAGCGGCUAUAGGGAGGUGGUGGAUCUGUUACUGGAGAACGGAGCUAAUGUACAGCCCACAGACAACAGCUACUGGACCCCACUCCACCUGGCUGCCAAAUAUGGACAGAUGCAUAUAGUAAACCAGCUGUUGAAACACAAAGCCGACCCCACUCUACUCAACUACAAUCAAGAUAAGCCUUCAGAUAUUGCUGCAUCGGACCAAAUAGCAGACAUGCUGCUGAAGGCAGAGGAAUUCUGGGUGCAGCGACAGAAGGACCCAACAUUCCUACCCCCUCAUUCAGAAGAACACUGUGAAGAUCUCAGCCAGGAUAUCAGCAUGCUGGUUAAAAAACUAACGCCUAUCACAUUGCCCAUUUCGAAGAGGGACAGUCUGUUGGAGAAGGACAUCAUGUUUCGGGACGCAGGAGGAGCACUGACUCGUCAGACGUCCCAGGACACCGGGCCGGAUGGACCCUACCCCAGCACCACUAGCAAACUGGAACAGGUGAAGUUAAUGCCUCCAGCACCAAACGAUGACCUGGCCUCUCUGAGUGAGCUGACGGACAGCAGCCUUCUGUACGAGAUGCAGAAACGCUUUGGCAACAACCAGAUCUAUACUUACAUUGGUCACAUUCUCCUUCUCAUAAACCCCAACAAAGACCUGCCCAUCUACUCUAAUCUUGUCAGUCAGUUGUAUCUGAGCUCCAGUGGUCGUCUCUGUUCCUCUCUUCCUCCUCACAUCUUCUCCUCAGCUGAGCGAGCGUUUCACAUGAUGCUGCAGGAACGACGACCUCAGUGUUUCAUCAUAAGUGGCGAGAGUGGCUCAGGCAAAUCCGAGGCCUGUAAGCACAUCCUGAAGCACCUCGCUGCUCGUUCAUGUCCGAAAGGAUUCUCUCUGGAGCUACGCAUGAAGCAUGUGAACUCUAUCCUAGAAGCUUUUGGCCAUGCUAAGACUCCUAUGAACACUAACUCCAGUCGCUUUAUCAAGCUGCUCUCCCUGCAGUACAGCGAGAAAAGAAGGACUCUGCUCAGAGCACAUGUGUACACCUACAUGCUGGAGAAGACUCGGUUAGUCCACACGCACCAAGAGCAGCAGAACUUCAACAUCUUCUAUCUGAUGGCUGAAGGGCUUUCAGCUGAGGAGAAAAGCAACCUGAACCUAGACAAUAUUAGAACCCACAGGUACCUGAGCUCGGUGACACCUGCUGAAACCGCCACAGCGAACACGGAGCAGAGCAGAGAGAAGCUGACAGAGCUGAAACACGCCCUACGUGCCCUUGGAUUUAACAAAUCGGAAGUGGAGAAUCUGUUUGUCAUCCUCUCAGCGAUGCUCCACCUGGGGGAGCUGCGUUUCACAGCCCUGACGGACGCUGACACGGCUCUAGUGUCUGACAUGCAGCUGUUAGACCGAGUGGCGGGAAUGCUGCAGGUGAGCCCGGAGGAUCUGGGAGCUGCUCUCACUUCUGACGUUCAGUAUUUCAAAGGUGAUGUCAUCACACGCCGCCACACGGUGGAAAUGUCCAACCUGUACAGAGACCUCCUGACUAAAUCUCUGUAUGGACGACUCUUCAGCGUUCUAGUCAACAGCAUUAACUCUUAUCUCCAAGGUCAAGAUGAAAGCCUUGGAGACCCCUCACUGGAGAUCAGCAUCCUGGACAUUUUUGGCUUUGAGAAAUUUCAGAAGAAUAACUUUGAACAGUUGUGUGUAAACAUGGUAAAUGAGCGGAUUCAGCAAUACACAACAGAGCUGCUCUUCCAGCAAGAACAGCAGGAAUGUCUGCAAGAAGGGGUCGCCAUGGAGACCGUACGCUCCCCUGCCUGUCAGCCUGCGCUUGUGGACUUCUUCUACCAGAAGCCUCAGGGCAUGCUGUGUGUGCUGGAUGAGGAGAGCCAGUCUCUAAGACCAUCUGAACUCAACCUGUAUAAGAGACUCCAGGCCCAGCUGGAGUCCACUGCUACUGAUGUUGUUUCACUUACUACCAAGGAUGGUAAUGGCAACCCCCCACCAAAAGAUCAGGGCCCAUCUUUUACUGUUGCACACUACACUGGAAAGAUGAGCUAUGACCUCACAGGAUCGCUGGAGAGAAACAGGGAUGCUCUGCCUCAAAACAUCCUGUUUGUCCUCAAAUCCAGUGAGAACGUGCUCGUCCAUCAAAUGUUCCAGUGUAAGCUGACUCAGACAGGCUCCCUGGUGCCUCCAAACCAGCAGCUGCAGCUGCGCAGGUCCAAAGGCGCUUUGCUCCUGCAUAUGCCGAGCUCAGCCAGCACACCCGAAGACGCACAGAAAUAUCUGGAGCUCAAAAAGCUCAUGAAGAAGAAAGGAGCCACAUCAUUCAUGCAGAGGCUGGAGCGCUGUGGCCCGGUCACUGUGGCGGUGCAACUGAGGAACUCUCUAUCAGAGAUCAGCAGUAAACUCCAGCUCUGCACUCCUCACUUCGUUCACUGCGUGAGGCCCAACAGCUCAGGCCAGGCCGACACCUUCGACAGCUCCCUGGUGUCCACUCAGCUGCAGUAUGUGGGAGUUCUGGAGAUGGUGCGCAUGAUCCGCUAUGGCUACCCAGUGCGCAUGCCCUUCACUGGUUUCCUCACCAGAUAUCGAGAGCUGGUGGACACCACACUGACACACGGGAAGAAAAUAUCCACAGAGGAGAAAUGCCGCCAUGUUCUCCAGCACUGCAAACUCCAGGGAUGGCAGUUGGGAGGCAGCAAAGUGUUCCUGAGGUACUGGCAGGCUGACCACCUGAACGACCGCUGCCAUCAGCUGCACAAGAAGAUAGUUACCUGCCAGAAAGUGGCACGUGGCUGGCUGGUGAGGCAUCGUGUGCGGGCCGAGCUGAGUUAUCAGCAAAGAGAGCAGUGCAAUGUACAACGGUUCCUGCAGGGGGCAGAAGACCUGGGCUUGCGUGCUUACGACAGCCUGGUCAUCCAGAACGCGGCUGAUAUCGCAAGAGAGAACGAUCGGCUAAGGGGCCACGUCGUCACACCACCACUGGGGGAGAGACCUGAACCCGUGGGAACCGAGGACGACUCACCCAGGAGGCCUGUAGAGAAAAGCGGGAGGGUGAACGACGCUGUAGGCCGUGCUGGGAGCCGUCCUAUCAGACACUUCCGUUCCAGUUCUGUGCCUAUCCCCCUAGUCAUAGACAACUUGGUACAUUCCAGCAUUGGGCCAUCAAUCAAACCGGCGUUUCAGUCUGUAUCUCACAGCAGUGAAGAGGGGGGUAGCGGAGGACUCUCGUCGCCACGGAAACAACCUCCUCCCAAACCGAAAAGGGACCCUAACACACGUCUGAGUGCAUCGUAUGAGGCAGUGAGUGCUGGCCUGAGCAUUGCUCCUAAGGAUAGUCCUGCUGAUGGCCAAGUCUCACCCUCAGGAAGCCCCCCGAAAACCCAGCUUUCCCCCAGUGACCCUCUUUCUAAACCUCGUCCUCACAGUGAUGACUACAGCACCAUGAAGAAGAUUCCCCCUCCCAAACCCAAACGUAGCCCAAACACCAAGCUCACAGGCUCCUAUGAGGAGAUCUCAUCAGCUCCUGCUCCUGUGCGCCCUACAGACAUGAAGUUGGCAUGUCUGGCACGCAGCGGACACUUCAUGGGCCUCGUUCAGCGUGCAGCCUCUGAUGACGGACCACACACAGGCAUGUUGAGCAUACAGCCAAGCCGGGACGAUGAGGAUGUCUACAUUGAGAUGGUGAGCACCUGCAGGGCUCUGAGCAUGGCAAACUCCCACAGUCCAGAGCAGAAUGAGGCUGUUUAUGAGGAAAUGAAGUACUACCCACAUGAUGAGGGGGGAACAGUUCCCCAGAUUGCCAAGCCUGAAGUGUGUGAUUCCACUCCCUUCAGCUGUAGUAUUGCAAAGCUGCCACAGACUUUAGAGAUCAAGAGACCUGUAGCCCUAAUAGAUCAUUCGAACAUGCUGAUUGGACGUCAGCAAAGCUGGGAUGGUGAUAAAAGGAGUGAAAAAACGAAAAAAGAUGGGACAGCAUGCGACAUUCCUGCUCCUUUCCCCAACCUGCUACCACAUAGGCCCCCUCUGUUGGUGUUUCCUCCAUCUCCAGUCACGUGCUCUCCAGCCUCGGACGAGUCCCCCCUCACUCCUCUUGAGGUAAAGAAGCUGCCUGUGUUCGAGACUAACCUCAACUACUCCAGCCAAGAUGGCGGCAGCCCACUUUCACCCCAGUAUAGUCGCCAGCGAGCGGACUCCUCCCCUAGUCUUUCCGUAUUAAUACCUGACAAAUCUACUCCACCACUGACUCCACCCCCACCCGCAGCUCCUCCUCCACCGUAUCGCCCUCCAUCACACUUCCCUUUCCCCCCUGAAACGAACUUCCUGGUCCUGAGCCGUGUAAGCGCAGACUCAAAAAUGACUCAUAAAGGAGGGCACACUUUAGCAGAGACUCCCCCAGGCAGCGCCAAGCCUCCCUACUCACCAGUGAAGUCUUCUCGUCCAGAGCCACGGCGAGCACAUUCAUGUUCAUCCUCACCUCUGCUGUUCAACCCAGCCAAUGGGAGGGCUCUCACAAGCCCCCUUGAUGAGCUAAACACACUUUUCAGUUCAGGGCGCAGCCUGCUCCGCAAGUCUACAACCGGGAGGAAGAUUCGGGAUAGCGGUUUUUCCAACUCCAACAUGAACCUUCCAGGAAGAGAGGAGCAAGGUCCUACCACUUCAUCACCACAGCUACAGGACAAAAACGCCAAUCACCGCACAUCCUCGCCCAACUCCCCCAUUCCUGCCCCCAUGGAGAACGGCAACCAGAUCUCCAAUGGAACUUUAGAGGAUGAUGGACACCACAAGUCAAUUGCAUCCAGUGCCUCUACGCUUCACAGACAUAUGGACAGCCACCACACUCAGGUCAUCCGGCGAUUCUGUGUGUGGGGGGAUCAGGGGUCAACGUUUCAGGAUUUGUUGAGACGGAGGAGGAGUGUGUGUGAUGGUCGGACAGACUGCCAGAAUGCCUGGCUCCAGACACAUGGCUCGCCUACCUUACUGAUAAAGCACAAGAGUAAUACGACCAAGAAAACACCACCAUAAAAAGUGGUACCUCUGCUAAUCAUGCGUCCUCGAGGAAGGAACCAGGGACUCUAUGGUUUCUCUUCUUUUUCCUCUCCUUUUCUUCUGUCUGUCUGUCUCUCUCUCUUAUCGCUCAUGAUUUGGAUGAGCCAUAGGGGGAACCUCAUAUCUGUCUCUCAGGCCAGGCACCAAAUAAUAUGGAACCCAAAGGACAUACUGCCAUGUCACAUGUCUCGGUGACCCUUCUGUCUACUACGUCUAAAGUCUACAGCUAUCAGAUUUGAAUGCUGUGUGAAAGAGACUAUUGGAGCCGCAGAGAUUGCGAUCGUAUCUGUAACCCAUCUCGCUGCACUGUAGUCUACAUUUGUAUACCGUAUUUCAGUGUUGCUACUACAGAUCAAACUGGUGCUGGCUGCUCCUGUGAUUUCUGUUGCCUCAGUUUGAUAAAAGGUGGUAUUGGUGGCCCAGAUUAGGGACAGUGUGGCAUAAAGGGGCUGGGCUGCAGAUAUUUCUACAGUUUACAUAACGAGUCUCUUUGUGCUGACCUUCUUGGUAAACUGUGACUUCAGGUUCAGCGACGCAGCUAUGUCUCACACUCUUUCAGGUGCUUCUGAAACCCACCUUCAGAGGUCACGGGCAUUAAAAACGGGGUUUGUCAACUCUUGAGGGUUCAGGUAAACUCUCAGUGAUUUCCCAUGGUGCAUUUUCAUCUGACACAAGCACCAGUUUCAGAUGCAAAGCACACGUUUAACCGAACGAGUAGAAUAUUGCACACUCUGUGCCGACAGACAGAGUAAAAUAAAGACACCGAAAUGUAAAAUAAAAAAAACAGAAAUGGACUUUUCUGUAUUUUCUGGCUGACACAAGACAAACAGAAGUAAUCAACUAAUGUUAGUUCAUUAAAAACCAAUGUAAAUGUAGAUUUGAAUAAUAACGUCACCCAAUUUUUAAAGGUUGGGAGAAACCUUUGGACAGGAAUUCAUUCCACUGUGGAGGAAAUUGACCAGAUUACCGCACAAACAGUGCAGCAUGUCAGUAAUUGGAAAGAGAUGUGUAUUUUUUUUUGUUGUUGUUGUUCACAUUCUGUACUUAGUAUACAGGAAUCACUGCUGGCUGCCAGCCAAACAUAACGCAAAGCAACAAAACCUGUGGUUGUGCAAUUACUUGAACUCCACUGUACCGUCUCUGGUCUUGUUCGAGGCCUCGAGCUGUCAUUUAUUUUAAUUAGUUAAGUAAAUACCAUCUCAUAAAAAAAGCUGAAAAACAAGUGUUCUCUUUGUAACUUAUACAUAUGCCUAAUGUGUAAUGAGACAUUGCUUUAUCUGUUUAUCUGUCUAGAGCUCCACAUGGACUGGAGGUGUCCAGUAUGAAUAAAUGCAGUUGUAAUGAACAGAAAUUUUUAAAUAUAAUAACGUGACAGUGUCAUGUCUGCAAUGACACUCAAGUGGUUUUUCUAAUCAGAAAAUGCCCUUCAUCUUUGUAAGUCUGCAAUCAGUGUUCUGAACGUUAAGAUCUUAUUUCGCAUCAGUUUUUUUUUUAUUUUAUUUUAUUCUUUUUUGGGGAGUGUAUUUUCUUGAGCUUCAUCAGACCACGUGGUACAGACCUGUUCAUUUACUAUGGUAUUGUUAUUUCAUAUGUUUCAUACUGACAUGUUAGAAUUGAGCCCCUAAACUCUAUUUCAUUCAUGCUUGGGUCUCAGUUUCUCAAAAAAAAAAAAAAAAAAAAGUUUGAAAACGCACAUUUACCCAAAUUUAAUGACUCCGCUCAGCAACCGGCCUGUCCGACUGAAUGUACAGAACGUAAGAAUGUUAAAAUAAGCACACUCUCAUGCUACCUGUGAAACCCCAAUACCAGAGAUAGUUUAAUGUACAAAAUGUUGGAGAUUUCCUCGACACAGAUUCUGCCACUUGCUAUCUAAAGGGUGGAUAUUAUUUGGUGAUUGUAAAUGUAUUUAUAAAAAAAAAAAACGACUUUGUAAAUGAAAACAUUUAUGAUCUAAGAACAUUAUUUAAUGUGUCGUGAAUACUAUCCAGAGUUAUAUCCAGGCAAUAUAUCUACUGAGUGAUUUUAAUGAGAAAAACAUCGCUGCCAAAUCCCAUUGAUUCACACUGAUUUUGUAGGAUCCUCCUAAACAACACUGUUCUGUGCAGAGUUUUGUUCAAAACAAAUUAGAAAUUGAUUUUAAAGCUGUCCAUAGUGAACAAAAUAAUGACUUGUGCCCUGGGGUUUGGCAUUUGAAGUAAAACCAGGGUUCCCCAAAGGCAUGAUAGAACAAACAUCAUCGCUUGAUGAUGGUGUGUCACGUUGAACACUGUAAUACAGUGCUUGGUGGGAUGCUGGAUACAGACCUUUCAUGAUAAUCAGCUAAUUUAUUCUUUAGGAUGUUUGCAAGCAGAGUUGCUUUUUGCUUUGCUACUGCUAUACAGGGUUAGCGUGGAUGACAUAUUUAGUUUUGUUGAUCCAAAAUGAUUCUUUAUCAUAUUGCCUGUCAUUCCAAUUAUUGUACAGUAGGAACCCAUUUUUUUCUACAGUAUCCUUUAAAAAAAAAUAAGAUACCUUAGAGCAUGAAGAGCACACUACACUGUUACUUUGUGUUUAGUGUGCUGCGUUGUGAUCAAACAGACAUAUCAUUCUCCGUCUCAUCUGGUGCUGUGGAACUUUCCGGACUCCUGUGUGGACAUUGUGUUUUAUCCAUGUAAUGUGAACCUCCCUUCUCUUACUCAACACCAAAAACAUCCAUUUUUUUAAAAAAUAAUUCUUUGGUGCAAGGUGUCAUUUUAAGGAGUGACAUUGCUGAUGGAGUUGGAACCUUCUCCUUUUGCAGUCACUUGCAGUCUCCCAGACAGAAAUGGACAGCUUGAGUUCCUGUGCUUGCUCAAUCUCUCUGAACUCGUUAUUGUAUAUUACUGCAUCAACGUGGAUGUCGCUGCAUUUCUGUAGUCACUGUUCCCUGUUUUUCUUCAUGUUCUUUUUGUGCAUUAUCUAAAAUAUAUAAAUCUAACUAUUCAAUACAUGCGUGUCUGUGGGAAUCAUAUUUUGUUUUAAUUAUGUUUUUUUUUUUAAUUCCUGUACAGCAAUAAAGCACAGUUGUGCCAA